UUGGCUUCUUCUAGUUCAGUAAGCGAUCAUCCAGAAGAAGAAAGCAUAAUUUCAUAUACGUUUUCAAGAGGUUUUACGUAUGAAGUUAUCACUGAAUUUUUAGCGAAGUGUCAUGGUAUUACGACGUGUGUACGAACAUUGAAAAAUACAGGUUGUAGGUUGAAGUAUUUGAACUUUAAGGAGAAGAUUGCCAUAUAUUUUGACAUGGACGUUGUCCAGGAACAAACCAUGAAUGAGCUUAGUGGCCCAGGAUCUCCAAUACGUGGUUGUAAUUAUGGAUGGAGUCGAAAAAUAAUUAGGCGAACAGUCACAAGGUCGAACAACCAUUCAGAAAUUAUUGUCAAUUUCUAUUUAAACUGUGUUGCAGGGUUAGAAGGCUGUCCAGUGAAACUGAGGACUGACUGUGGCACAGAAAGUGGUGUCAUGGCAGCUCUGCAAGGUGCAUUUCAACAAGAUGCAGAAGUGCACAAGUAUGGGUCAUCUCCGGUGAACCAAAGGAUUGAGGGCUGGUGGGUAUUUUACGGAAGAAACAGUUGUUGU